AUGGACGGCGAGCAGCAACCAAAAGAUGAACCUACCACCCCGCCAUCAGAUGUGCAGCUACCCCUGUCAGAUGGAGAAGACAGUAUCAACGGCAGUGGUGCCUCUGCUACAGAGGACGCCAUCUCAUCAGAACCCGAACAACUGAAAAUCCAGGCCUUUGCCAAACUUGUAUUCCAUGAUGGUGACUUUUAUAUGACGACAAAUGGAGUAGUGCUCGGACGUGGUAAUGUGCCAGCUCGCGCGAUCGCAGACCCGGAUUCCAGUAAUGGCAGAACCUCCGUCAGUAGCGGCCAGUAUCAGGAGCGAGCGCCAGACGAAUCAGGUACCCAAGGGUUUGAUAUAGUCAAACCUUCUUCACCCAGUCGAGCUCCGCAAGCACUCUCAUGCAGAGCGCCCAGGAUCAUGUACAACGACCUGGUGGAGAGCCCUGAACCCCAAACGGAUGACCUCCCAAACGGCGAAUCUGAAUUGUCUACACACAAGCGAUACCCUUUCAUCCCUAUUCACCCAUCUAUCGGUGCCGACGGAAGACCCUUGAAAUGGAAGAGCAUUUCAAGGAGACAUGUGCUAAUAGAAUUCAACUUUGAGAAGGAUUUUUUCGAGAUCAAAUUUCUGGGAAGAAAUGGAGGUUUUGUGGAUGACGAAUGGUUUGCCGCAGGCGGGGUUGAGCCUCUGGUGAAUGGCAGCAUGCUUCAAAUUGGCGGCAUUGGCAUUAGCUUUUGUCUUCCAGAUACGCCACCGGGGGAAACGGGUGCUGAGGGGGCCUGGUCUGAUGAAGAAUCCGAAAUGACAGACGACGACGAAAAUCCUCUAGAGCUUCUUGAAGGCGAAGCCGAAGGAGACGGAGAACCGUUGCUAGACGAAGAAGUCGAGGGAGUAGUGACCAGGGGCAGAAGAGGCGGAGGGCAAGGCAAACCUGACAUACAACCCAUAUCUGCAAGAGGUGGGCGUAAAAGACCAGGUCGUCCGCCCAAAAACGGGGUCAUGUCGAAGCGACAGGAGAAAGAACUCUCGAAUCAAUCGAAGAGCACGACGAAGAGAACUGCAAAAGGAAAGAACAAACUUUCUGGCCGUGACAACGGCAAAAUACCAAAAGCAAUGGACCUGGAAGACUCAUCUAUGCAGCCUCCUCGGAAACGAAAAUAUAACAAGCGCAAAGGGACAGCUGCUGAAACUGGAGGGCGUAAAGCAAGAGAAAGUACUGAGCAGACAGAAUCCGUUUCCCCAGAACAAGCUCCACCAUCCAAAGCACCAAAAGACAAGAAGCCUCCAAAACCGCCUAAAUCACCUUCGCCAGUAUUGGAUGAAUCUAUGUUCACGCCAGAACAAUUAGCUAAACCUCAACAUUCGUAUGUCGUGCUAAUUCAUGACGCGUUGUCUAGUUCAGAGACGGGUAGCAUGGCGCUCCCCAACAUCUAUAAGGCGAUUGAACGUAAAUAUCCAUAUUUCAAACUGCGGGUCACAACAAAUGGCUGGCAAAGUAGUGUUCGGCAUAACCUUGGUCAACAUCCAGCCUUUCGCAAGCUUGAGAGAGAUGGAAAGGGCUAUAUGUGGGGAAUCAACAAGGCAAUCUCGAUUGAGAAAGAGAAGAAACGGCGAGCGACCCCUCCUCCGCAAUCAACAUCUCAGCCACGAUACUAUCCUCCUUCUCAGACGCAGCAGCCCCCGCCAAACCCUUAUGGGUAUCCAGGAGCUCAAUAUCCCAACAAUCAAAUGCCUUCAGGUCUCCAAUAUCCACCAAACGCGAUGCCGAUGGUAAAUGGCUACAGCAUGCAAGCAGGAAUGCAGCAUGGAGCUCUGCCUCCUCGUCCACCAUUCGCUGCCCCUGGAUUUCCCAUGAUAAUGAAUGCCAAGUCAGACGCUACAUACCAAUCACCUUACGAUCCGAAUUCAGUCUCCCAGGGUUCUAUUCAACCUAAUCAGCCUCACUUCCCGGUAAAUGGCAUGAACGGAAACAAUGGACCACCUCAAGCAGUGCCGCACGCAGGCUCGUUGCAGCAUCAUACUAGUCAGCAUUCAUUCUACAAUAGCUCGCAGCCCGCCGUAAGCCUCCACGGUGGUAGCUCAUCUUUAGCGAAGCAGUUGAACCUUACCAAAUUUGAUAAUUUGCCACACCAGAUCCAAGAGGCUGUCAUCAAAUUCAAGAAAACGUUGAUGGAAGAUUUGGAAGAUAAGGUGCUUGGUGAGAAAUUGAUCCAAUCUGCCAUUAAACGUGCUCUUGAUGAAUCAAUUGCAUCGGAGCUAAGUGACGAAGCCGAUCUACGUCAAGAAGCAAGCAUUAUCGCUGCUCUGAGGCUGAUCCUUUCUGGAGUUCGUGGAACGCCUCAUUCACCUACAGAGCAGGGCUCCCGGAAUUUCCCUCAACAAUCCCGAGCUGCUGAGGUAGCACAACAGGUUGCGGAGAGCAUGCCUUUUGGAGCCGCUCCUGAUUCACGCAAUGACUUUACGGAGGCAAAUGGUGAAUUUGGAGCUGGUAAUGAGAAGGCUUUGAAGCAUCAGCGAUCUCCCACCACGGAAGACUUGAGUCAACCACAGGGGAAACGGCAGGCGCUUUAA